AUGUUCGAUUACUUGAACAACAAGGUCGUGGCGAUCGACGGCGUCGAGUACAUGUGGGCCUUCUCAAAACCGUCCCUCCUUCGCACAUUCUGGUUCGAUGAGCCGAACCCGACGACCAUCUGGUCAAAUUGGGGUCAGAAACUUGCUGACGCAGGCCGUCAGCUUCCGCAGGGAAGCUAUGCGCACAAAUUCGGGGCCGCUCUCACGCGUGAGAAGAGCGACUUCGGCAAGGGGAUCCGGGCGUUCGACGGCUUCGGCGGCUUCGAGGUCGACGACAAGCUCCGUGAGUGCGGCGGGCUGAACGGCAGCGGUGCGAUCAAAGACUUUGCCGACGCCGCUCUGUACGCCGUUCGCUCUGUCCUUGACGGCGGAAACCCUCACCCCAGUGCCCUCACGUCUCUGGUCUACGUGGAGACGGGUGUGAUCCUCGCCAGGACACACAAGAUUAUGCUCGGCCACCUGGUGAAGAAGCUUCUCGAGGAUCCCAACUGCGCUGCCUCCAUUACAUCGCCCCGCGAUCUCGCCAGCUAUCUCGAGGGAUGGGAGGUCCCGCAGGGACCUGGAAGGGAUCUUGGACCAUCGAUCAAGAUCAUGAGGAGCCAUUUCGAGAAGGUCAUCGCCAUCUGGGGUAACACGGAUCGACCGCUCCCAGACCUGGCCGAAGCCUGCCUUCCUGUAAUCCAGGCCAACCCCGUGCACUCGUGGCUCGAGAGUCACGGCCCGUACGAUCUGCAGCUGUACUAUGCGCGAUCGAUCGGGAAGGAAGAAGCAUGGCUGCAGCAGCAGCCCGAGACCGAAGUCGAGGAAGCCCUGCGGUCGUUGGCCAAGGACAUCGCUGGCAGCGGUUGUCGCUGUCGUGGGAAACUUCAUGCAAAUGCUUACAUGUCAAUGAUGGCGGCGCAGCACAUUCCCCACCUCCUUCGCCAAGCCUCCUUCCUCGGCGAUCUCAAGGCAGCCGCCCGCCAGAACAUGAACGAGGACGACGAUGAGGACGGCUCGCCUUUGAACAUCGAUACUCGAUCCAUGGCAAGUCCGGCGCCCGACGCGGCCCCCGGUAGUUGCGCUCAGCGGUUGGCAGCAGCAACCCGAUCUCGUCAGCAAGCGCUUCCCAUUCGGGUGCAGUACCAUCCCAACGACGGCCGCCGUCAGCACCUGGCAGACAACGAGUCAGUCUUGCAGGCUGCCUACCGCACGCCGGACCUCGAGACCUGCCAACUCGAGCCGUCUCAGCUCGCGCUCGACGCGUACACGUCGGCGUCUGGGUCAGCAGUCCACGACCGCGGCGUUGGCUCAUUGAGAGCCACAGCUCGAGCGUUCGCCCGACUUCUUGACGCGGCCGAGAAGGACGACAUCCCAAACUUCUUCGACUCGGCUGCAACCCGUCGCGAGCCCUGGGUUUUGGCAGCGACGCAGAGCACGAAGUUACUGCUCAUCAUCAGCAUGAGUGUGGCUGGGGCCGUGUUCCACAAGGUGUUCUACGACGGCAAGCAGGUCUCCCUCGGCCACGCCAUCACUCGCGCGCGAGCUGGGAUUUCCUCGCGCUGGCAGUACUCCAAGCUGCAGGAGUCGAAGCGACGCCGCGACGUCCGAGCUGGUCCAGUCCCUCCCGGUCGAGAUGGCCCGGGCAUUGCGCGAGAACGUCGACAUUGA